AUGAGGUUGGAUUUGGAUUUGCUGCGGAGACAGGAGGAAGCCGAUCCGUUUCAAACCACUCGCGAACUGACAGUCGCUCUCGGGGUGAGUCAAACCAAAGUUGUUCGCGGAUUGAAGUCAAUCGGCAAGGUGCGAAAACUAGGUCCAGGAGUACCACAUGCUCUGACGCGGUAUGAGAUGGACUGCCGCGCUGAUACGGCACUUUUUCUCCUCACACUCAAGCGCACCCAACCGUGGCUUGAGUACCUAGUCACCAGGGAUGAGAAGUGGAUUUCUAACAUUCACCGGCGUGCCCAAUGGGCUGACAAAGGUACGGAUGCAGAAGACGUCUCUAAACUCAACGUACACGAAAAAACGUUAUACUCUGCAUCUGGUGGAGCGCACACGGCGUCGAAUACUGGGAGCUGCUCACUGAAGGAUGUACAGUGA